CUGGACACAUUGGCAUUCACAUUGACGCAGCACAGUUGCAAAGAAGUUCCCCUGAGUUCGCAAAUUGUCCUUCGAAGGCCAGAAUAUAGGUACAAAAUACAUCGCCUUGACCGGUAUCAUCAUGUCUCUCCCUGCCUGCCUUGGUAUCCUGCUGCUGGCUGCAUUGCUGAUAGCUCAACCUACUCUUGCUUGGGUUGAGGGCCAACAUCCAGUCGACAAGGGCGCCGUGGACCUGGACAACUGGCAAACCGCUGAACGUGCGGCCUCAGGAGUGCGAGAGACGAUUGAGGCGAUGGGUGAUGAGUACGUCAAGCUGUGCAAACAGAACAACAUGGAAGGUGCCAUGAGCUUUGCGCAUGACCAGCUUAUCCUCAUGCCACAAGGCUAUGGAACUAUUUCGGGAAAAACCGAUGCCAUUCCAUACUUCAAGUGGGUUGAAGAUGUGCAGGGGAUGACCGAGGUCUCCAAAGAACUGAAGCCCUUGGAUAGCAGCGCCACCUACGUCUUCCAGCGCUUGGAAUCUACUAUAACGUACAAGAGUGACAGACCCACGUUUACGGGAAAGUUUUUAAGAAUUUGGAAGAAAGUUGACGACAGCUACCAGGUUUACAUCAACAUGUACAACACCGGCCAAUAACCAGGAGGCUGUGAUCAAACUGAGGCACUUGAUUCAUGGGCGUUCGGUAAAGGACAGAAGGCACCUACUGGGUUAUCCUGAAUUUUAAAAAGUUAAUUUAUCAUUUCAACUGCAGUCCAGUACUGAAAUUAUUAAACACCACUCUUUAAAAAAACAUUUGCAUCACAGUUCCGAGAGGGCUAAAAUAUAACCCCUAUUUUUGUCAAAAGGAUUUUUUGAGGUUUCAUAAUGUGUGGGACAACUGUUUAUCGUGUUAACAUCCCGAUGGGCUUGAAAUGUCGCCAAAGCAGCCAAUAAUUAAUGCUGCUUCACGCUGCUAGUUUCCUUGAUUAAAAGUAAUAAUUAUUUGAUUGACCCACUAUACCUCAGGUGGAAAUCGAGCCUGCCUCGUUCUUUGAGCUACGCUGGAAAUUCUCUUUCACUGGAAGCUAUGAUAAUUUUACAUUUUGAGGGUUUUUUAAUAUCAUGUCAAACAAACCACGAAAUUGGCAAUCAUUUCAUUUCUGAGAAUAUUUACAUAUUGAAAUGGGUGAGGGAAAUCGGUUUCAAUAAAUUGUUUGCAUGAGAAAUACUGAA